AUGGGAUGGAGCUCGGCUGUGGAGAGUGGGAGCUCGAAGUACGCUUCCGGUCCAAGCAGUGUGAGAUCUGUCUCUGCGAGCUACACGCCAGCCGGUUAUGAUGGCUCGGCCGCUGAAAUUCCGUCAUACGAUCAUCCGCCAGAUCAACUACCAGAUAGCCUAGAACAACGACAGCAGCAGGAGCACACACAGCAACAGGAGCAACCGCAACAGAUACAACAACCUCCGCAGCAACUUCAAGUACAGCAAUGUGACCGGCAACAGCAACAACGACAACCGCAACCCCCAGAAGGCGGCGUGUUUGGGGCCGUAGUGCUCGUCCUGGUGCGGCUGGUCUUGGCUGGUGUCAACGGGGCUGUUGUGCUGCAAUGGGGCUUGGGCAAGCUGCACCAGGCGCUGGUCUGGCUUGUGGAAUGUGGUAUUGAUUAUGUGGCGCCGGAUGAGCAUCAGCAUGGGUAUCGAAGGCAUUCGGAGUGA